AUGCAUAGAUUUACAUUAACUUUCUUGAACAAGGAUAUAGAGUAGUAAUACUAAUCUAUGCAUAAAAAGCAAUCAAUAGAAUUUCAAUAGUAAUAAAAAUGGAUAUUUAUGGUAAUGGGACUAUAUUUUGCUAUCAUAAAAAUAAUUGAAUAAGAGUGGGUAAGUUUAGGUUUCAUUAUAUUUAACUGGUUAAUAGUUAUCUUUAGUUAUAAAUUUAUAGUCCAACGUCGCAAAUUAUAUGAUUUUUUUCUGACAUUUGUAGUUGUUAGUUAUAACCUAUAUUUUCCAAUAACUAAAUAUUUUUCAAUAACAACAGGUGAAAACUUCUAUGUUGACGGUUACUUUAUAUCAGUUGGCACAUUUGGGUAAAUCCAAAUUUAAAUAUUUUAGUGUGAUCAAUAUUUUUAGCUUUCGAUAUAAAACUAUAAUAAUAGCCUUAAUAUUUACAUCUUUGGUUAGUUUAAGCAUGAUUUCUGAGGUGAACUUUUGGAAUUAACUAAUAAAAUCGACAAUCUUUACAUCCCUUUAUAUUUAACAUUUGUAUUGUUCAGAAAAGUAUUAGAAGCACAGUUUUUUAAAUCAUCUAAAAAGAACAACAACAUUAAAGGGUAUAUAUGAUUUAACAAAUAUUUAAACCUUCAUUGUUCAUUAUAAAGUAGAAACUAAAAAAAUUGAAUUAGUGCAAAAGGAUUGUUUAUAAGAGAUAUAAAAGUAAAUUUUAGAUGAUUUUGAUGAUUAUUUAAAAAAUAUGUAAAUCCUUUAAGGAAAAUUCGCACCAACCUUUUGUUAAGAUCCCAUUAUUUAAUAAUAAAAGAAAUAAGAUUUAAAAUCAUACUUAUUUGAUUUAUUUUUAAGAGAUUUGAAAACUCAUCAUAAUGAUUAAUUUGAAUGUUUUGAAAUAUUAGGAGAAGCUAGUUAUGAAUAAGAUUAUUAUUCAAUUCAAAUUAUGAAGGUUUUUGAUAUUCAUCCUUGUUUCAUUCUAAUACUUUAAGAAAAGAAAAAAGAAGUUUAAUUAGAAGAACUCUCUUUAAAAAAUAAAAUGUUAAAAAAAUCACUUGAUUAAACUUCAUUUAUAUUUAAACAUCAAGUUCGUAUUUCAUUAGUUUAUUUUUAAUGGAUUUAUAAAUAUGCUAAUAAAAAAUAAGAAAUUUUAUUAAUUAAUCGAUGUUUGUAAUCAAUUCAUGGAUAAAUUAUAAAAGCUAACAAUGACUUUUAAAAUAUUAUUGAUUUUAAUACUAUUAAUUCAGAUUUCUAGUAAUCAGUUAUUAAAAAAUUUAAUAUCAUUGAUUGCAUUAAUGAAAUAACAAGAAUAAUAAGUUACUUUGAUAUAAAUAAAGAUAUUACAUUUAAUGUAAUUAAUCAAUUAAACAUAGAAUAAUAGAAUAUAUAAUAAGAUGAGAAAUAACUCAAAUAAUUAUUUUACAAUUUGUUUUUCUUUGUUUAACACUCUUCUUAAACAAUAACAAUAACUUUACAACAUGAUAUACAUGGUUAACCAAGUAAGCCAGUGAUUAAAAUUAGAAUUAACUAUUAAGGUCCUCAUUUAAGUAAAUAAUAGUUAUAAGGGUUAUAAAUAAUUAACCCAUAAAAUCUUGGAGAAUUACUUCAUAAUACACAAAAACCUUUGGAUUUAGAUAUACCCUUAUCAUUAAUGAUUAUUCGUAAGAUUGGACCUUAUGAUAAAAUGCGUUUAUAAUAGAAUAAAAAAGGUUAAAAUUACAUUGAAUUUUAUAUUUUUUAAGUCUUAGAAGAACAAUAUCAUUUAAUACCUAUUUAUUCUUUGCAACCUCUUAAUUGUUUAAUAUUAAAGGAAAAGAAAUCAUUGUCUACUAAAAAACCAAUCUCGUUAUAUGAGAAAAUGUAAACAAGUCCUCGAAUACAAUUCUAAAAUUAUAAUGAUUUUUGA